UGGGGCCUUUCAGAAUCUUCCUAUAUUGCUGCUGCCCGAUAUCGUAGCAGCAGGGAUUCGAACCGGCAACCUUCUGCUUGUUAUUUAUUUGUUUGUUUGUGUAUUCUAUUUCUAUACUGCCCUUCCAAAAAUGGCUCAGGGUACUUUACACAGAAAAAUAACAAACAAAUAAAAUGGCUCCCCGUCCCCAAAGGGCUCACAAUCUAAAAAGAAACAUAAGAUAGAUACCAGCAACAGUCACUGGAGGUACUGUGCUGGGUGUGAGGAGGGCCAGUUACUCUCCCCCUGCUAAAUAAAGAUAAUCACCACAUUAAAAGGUGCCUCUUUGCCAAGUUAGCAGGGGUUAGUCAAACAUUUCCCCGCUGCGCUACUUAAGGUGGCUGUACACGGCUAUAGCAGGGCUUUUUAAUAAUGGCUGAAGGAGGCUUUAGUGAUAGUGUUAGGAGGGAGGGAUAGUGAGAGGGAGGGGACUUAAAAAAUUGAGAGAGAUGGUUGCAUUGUAAGUUGGAUUUGAAAAAAUUCUCCUUUCUAGUUCUAUCCCUGGCAUUUCAGGACAGUCCUAGGGAGUUCCUCCCUCUCCAGCCAGGGCAGGGUUAUCUGCAGGAUGAUAUCCAGGACCCUUUUAAAUGCUUCAUGCCAGAGAGCUGGCUUUUUCCUUUGUGGACAUCUUUACCAAAGUCCCACCAGAUGGGGUGUGACUGUGAUGGAAAGGGUAUUCUUAAUGCCCACUGUCUGGAGCACAGAGUUAGUACUAACAUAAGCUAGGCCCCAGAAAUGGGCCUUGCUUCUAGGCCCAAAACUUGAUACUCUCAGUCCUGCCAUCACAGGGUUGCCAUGGAGAGUUUACAACUGGAUUGGCCUUUAUUCUGGAAUCUCUGUAUGUUUCCUAGCAAUUUCUAUUCAGUGGCAGACUGCCUCUGAUCAUGGAGGUUUUACUGACAUGGCUAAUACUUAUCUAUUCUCCAUGAUGUUUUAAAAUCUAUAAAAGCUACUUACCUUUGCCUUAUCUUAUGGCAGCAAAUUCCUAAAACUGAUUCUGAAAACAACAUUCAGUGUGAAGAAUUUUUUCUUUAUUUAUUUUAUUUUUGUUCCUGUUCUGAAUCUCUCCCAAUCAACUUUGCUAGAUGACCCCCAAGAUUUAAUAUUAUGAGAGAGGGAAGGUCUUCUCUCUAUCCAGUUCUACUAUGCAUACUUCUAUAAACUUUUGUCAUGCCCCUGUUGUUGUGGCUUCUCAAGUUAAAAAGCCUCAUUUGUGUUUGCUUUUCCUUUCAGAUAAGCUGUUCUACCCCCAUCCCACCCCCGAGUGCUUUGCUUGCCCUUUUUAUUUAUUUAUUUAUUUAGUUAGUGAGUUAGUUAGUUAGUUAUUACAUUUUAUAUCCUGCUCUUCCUCCAAGGAGCCCAAAGCAGUGUACUACUACUUCAGUUUUUCCUCGCAACAACCCUGUGAAGUAGGUUAGGCUGAGAGAUAAGUGACUGGCCCAGAGUAACCCAGCAAGUAUUUGGCUGAAUAGGGAUUAGAACUUGGCUUUCCCCGGUCCUAGUCCAGCACUCUAACCACUACACCACACUGGCCCCCUUUUCUGCUACCUUUCCAUGUCUAAGAUAACCUUUUUGAGAUGGGCUGACCAGAACUUUAUACAGUGGCUGACAUGCUGACUGAAGAAGUACUCAUGCUUCAAGGGACUGCAGGGGUGCGACGGGAGCCCUCAUGCAACUCCUCCUGUGUGAGCGAAGUUCUGCAAGAGCCUUUAGAAUCCAGUGUGUUCCCAAAGUGCUGCAAAAAUGUUCCACAAGAUUAGAAGCAUGUCACUGACCCUCAGCAACAUGCUUCUGACUUUCAGAGCCCUUCUGGAGUGUGGAGAGCUAAAGGCCCUUAGACUCUUGAGUCUAAAAGCCCUUGCAGAACUGCACUCACUCAGGGAGACAGGGGGAGUUGCAUGCAGGCUCCUGUUGGAUCCCUCAGCCCCUAAAGACACAAACACUUUAUUAGGAUGUCAGCCAAUAUUCCAAAUGUCUCUGCAUCAAAAUGUUCUGGAAGCUGUCUACCCAAUUUGUCAAUCAGAAGAACACAGUUCAGUCAGUUGAAACCUAUUAGGUUACUGUAUUAAUGCCCUGGCUGUUCUGCAAUAAUUCCUGACCCCUUAGUCUCCUCUUCCUCAAAUGCCUGCCUAAAAGCCUCUUUCUUACCUUCUCCCUGCUCUCUUAUAGACUGCAAAGACUCUGCUGUUUCUUCUACAGGAGGCUGCGGAAUGUUGCUCCCGUAGAUGAGUCUGUUAAGGGCAACCCCACAAAAUGGACAUUUGGGAAGGGACACAGCCAAAUAGACCUGGCUCUCUUACCAUCAGAUCCAGCAGGAAGCUGCAGAAUAUUCCAUAGGAGGGAUGUGGUUACAAGAAAGGACAUAAUAGCAACCAUCAGAUCAUUGUGAACAGGACACUCUUCAUAGUUGCCAUUUUGGACAGCAUCAAAGACAUACUAGAAUUUGAAAAGGAUGUGGCAGCUGAGGCCAUUGUGGUGAGUGAGAUGAAACAGAGAGGAAGACUAUGCAGCCCUUUGGAAGUGAAUGACCAAAUACAGGCUCGAUCAAACCCUGACUGCUGAGACUGCAUUCAGGGCUUGGACUGUUCCAUUGCAGACCAUGGGGUAUUGACUGACUCUCUCCUGCUCUUUGACCUCUCCCAGAAGAUCAUGCAGGACACAAAGUGCUAUCUGGACACAGCGUCCCUAUUAACAUUUGCAGUGGAUGAAGUCAUGGCUCUAAGAUACUGUAUAUUGGCAGUCAUCAGGGUUGUGUCAGGAAAGGGUAGUGGCUGGAGAAACCUGAGAUUUGAAGAAAGCAAAGAGAAGCCCUUUCCUUUCAGGAGCCUGAAGCCUCUCUGUGCUCAAGAGCAGCCCUCCUCAGAGGCGGAACCAGGGUGGGGCAGGCAGGGCACGUGCUCUAGGUGCCAUCCUGAAGGGGGUGCAAUUUGACUGCCCCACCUCCACCACACAAAUUUAAAAAGCCCGCUGCUCACCACUGUGGCCGCUGGCGCCGAGCUGGCCAGCAUCUGACUCCAGCUCUGGCCAGGCGCCUGGCUGGCGGAUCUGGCACCCGCAACACCCCCACACAGGCUCAGGCAGCAGCGGUGCACUCAUGAUGAGUCAUUAUGAGAUCUCCAGCAGGCGGGCGCUCCCAUUGGCUGCCGGAGUGCACAAGCCCGCCAUGCCGGUUGUCUCAGCGCCUCCCUCCCUGCUUGCUGAACACACAAGGAGUGGAGCGGAGGAGGUUGCUUUGGUUGAGAGAGCAGCUGCUGCUGGGGACGUUCACAUUGUUCACCUCCUUCCUGCUGCCUCUCUGACUCUGCCUGCCUGCCGUUUGCCCACCACACUGCCCUCUGGCUGUAUUUUAUUCUUCAGUUCUGUUCUGCAUUAACAAAGUAAGUUAUGUUAUAAUUCAUUGCUCAAAUCUCUCUCUCCUGUGUGUGUCGCGCGUGAGAGAGCGCCCCUACUCCCUUGCAUAACAAACUAACCGCUUCCGGAUCUUCCUCAUUUAUUGGCCAGAUUUACCCUGCAGUCCCUGUGAGCGAUCAGGAAGCACUUCACACAGGAUUCCGAUUGUUUAAUUGUGUGUUAGAGUUUAGCCCGCCCCCAUUUAUAUCCAGGGACCAGGGUAAAAACAACAACAACCCACUUUUUGCAUCAGCUAGCCUUUUUUUGGCAACUAGUCUUGGACCUUGCAGUAAAGCCCCUUGCAGUAAACUCUCGGUAAAGCCUGCUGCUGACUGUGAUUGAUAUUGCCGCGACCUGAAUACUCCAGGCUGAUCCUGGGCAGUUUGUUUUGGCAAAGAAAGAUUUGUGUCCAAAGCUUCCGUGAACCAAUGACACACAUGACUGUGUGUGUGGUGAUGGGGGAACCCUUGCUUUUGUCUCUCGAAGCAUGUAAUUGGGUGACUUGGGAGAGCAGUGGGUGGGAGGAAUGCUGUCUGUGUGAGAGACACCGACCAAUAUCAGAUGGGGCGGGAAAGAAGGAGGCUCCUUCGUUGGUGGCUCCUGGAAACUGCUGCCCAUUUCAAAAGGGAGGGUGCUUUUAUGACACCCUCCAACUCCAGCAAAUGCAGUGUUUUGGGAACCCUCUGUUAGCUGGCUGACCGAGGAAGGAGGAUUCCCCUUGCGUGUCCUGUGGCUGUGGGCUUUUGAAUCCAGCCGUGUGCUGUCCAGAGCAAGACAAAAGUUUUUCUCCCCAGCGCUUUGCAGCUCUCAGACCCAGUGAUCUCCUUGGAGUUUGGAGGAGCUGGUGUCGGGUGUCGCUCACAGGCUGAAUCAAGCUUCAAAGGUUUAGCAUUGGCAUUGGAGUGGGGGUUGGGGAACAAGCAGAUCUUCUUUCCUUUUAUUUUAAAGUUGAAAAGGGAGGGUAUGGGGGGGAGCAGAGAAGAGGGAGAGAGAGACUUGUCUGCCUUGUGAAACAUAACACAUGUGACUCAGCAAAACAGACUUCUGAGGAGAGUUUGUCUGUCCAUAUCAAAUAACCCCAGCAGGCGCGUAACAAUGAUAGGGCAAGGGGAGACAGUUGUCUGGGGGCCCCACUGCCUGGAGGGGCACCCCAGAGGCACCUCAUGUGCCUCCCCAUUGCCCCCUGCCCAGCCCCAUAGCCUCUCAGCCACUUGCCCUCUUCGCCGUCUCUCCUGCUUGUUCUGCUGGCCCGCAAUCGAAGCAGCAGGCAAGCUGCAAAGAGCUCCUUUUCUCCCGCCACUCAGCUGAUCGGCGGGUGGGCGGGGCUUCCAGGGAGGCCUCCGUGUAGGCCACAGUGAAGCCUGAACUCGAGUAGGGCCCAAGCAAGCCAGGAAGGAGGAGGCAGCCAGAGUGUUCUCUGCAGCAGAAGACCCCUUGCUGCCCUGCUUAACCCAGACCAGCAUUUGCCAGGGACUGUGCCUCUGGACCCAGAUCUGUGGACUUGUGUUCCUGAUGUGCUAUAGUGCAUACUGCUGUGGUAAUGUAUGAAAUAUUUGCAAAAUGUGGACAUCAGAGGGGUGUAAGGAGUUUUUGGAACCAGCCCAAAGUUCAAGUUGCAUGGCAAACUUGAUCUAGCCAGAAACAGCAGAGGUUGAGUGUGGCUUAAUGAGGCCUUUAAUUGGCAAUUAAUGUGAAUUGAGCCCCAGCCAGACAUAGAUGAAAUGUAACUGGGAAAGAUCAAGAGAAGCAAAACAGAAGACUUGCUAGCAGUCACAUUCAUUACUGAAUCUGGUCUAGGAGAUUAAGAUAUUUGAGGGUGGGGCUGAAAAUCAACUAGCUAAUGUACUGCCGGGGGAAGUGGAGAUAUAGCUCAUUACAGAAAAUGGAGAUUGGCUGAAUAAUGGUUCCUUGAAAUGAUGGUCUAGCUAUUAGAAGGUAAUGAAAUUUGUGAUGACAAGUGACUAGACUUUAGAUAGCAGAAUAUGAGUGAAGAUUAAAGGUCUAGUGCCCUCUGCUAAAGUAACUAUGCAAUAGUUGUCUGACUUCAUUACAGGAUGUGAGAACAUACAGGGCUAGAGCAAAAACAAAAUUUUGCAUACAUGUGGCAUUUGGAAAAUAAAAUCUAGAUCCAAAUUUCCCUGAAAAUGUGGGGUCUCUUCAAAUUUCACUUCUGUAAUUUGAUCUGAGGGAUGCUUUUAAAACUCAAAUCUUAAUUUGUGCUAGUGUAUUUUAAGGCACUGAUGAUAUGUAUGUGCUCGCUAGAUUUCAGAAUAUUCAUAUCUUGUGUCCCUCCGCCCCUAAAUUUCUUACAUCCAAUAGUAUCUACAACUGAUAAUGUGGAGAAAAGAUGAAUUAAAAAAUACUGCUGAUGCGUUUUGCAUUAAAUUUUACAAAAUGUUGCUUGAUUCCCCCCCCCCCCCCGGUCUUCCUCCCCAGAUGGUGUGUGAGAAUUGAUCUUAAAGACUGCAGUUCUACACACAUUUGCAUGGGUGCAAGACAUGCUAUGCCAUGCUAUUACCCCUCCAUGAAUAAGAGAAAGAGAUCUAAAGAAUGGUGGUACUACCAGAUAGGCUCCUAAAACCUGGAAGCAUGUGAUGGACCAUCCAGUUAGUGUUAUCAGCAUUGAUGUGGCUUUUUCUUUCAUCGAGCAUUAGUUGCAACGUUUUUCCUUGUCCCUCUGAGUUACUGGAUUGCGUCAGCUGAAAGAACUGGUGGAGAGAAGACGUUUUGAGCUGUAUAGGGAUAUUUGCAAAAAUCUGCUCACCUGAGUUUCAGCCCAGAUUUAGAAGCUCUGGAUUAUGUCAUUUUGUUUCCAAAGUAGAACAGAUGCAUCAGACAUCCUCCACUGGUUAUUUCUUCAUUGCUGGCUGUUGUACAGAACGCAGUGCAAAAUUCACAUUUCUAUGUAUUUGAUAUACACACAGUAUUGACUAUAUAAUCUCAUCCACUUGAGGCUAAUUGUUGAUUUGAAUGUAAAACAAACAAACAAACAAAAACCCCAAAUUAGGAGCAUACUUACUGGGCCCUUUUCCUGUUAUAGGCAUAGGUGUAAGCUGGCCAUUUGAGAAGCAUGCGGCACACGGUUAAACUGGGUACAUAUAUGCCACUAAAGCUGGUAAAUGUGAGCCAUCUGCUAUCUGUCACAAUGGAAAUGGCUGAAGUGUGUUACAUCUUUUAUUCUUUUGUUUUCAAUUCUGAUUCCCAACCAGGUAGCAUCAGUGCAUAAUUAUUUUUUUCCAUCCAAGAUUGUAACAUUUAUAGAUGGGGGCAGAAAGCCAGUGUGAUGUUUUAGCAUAAAACCCGUAACAGAAUUGCAAAUAAAAUAAUUAUUGUCUGCAAAUCACCACCUGCCCUCAGCUGGGCCUUGAUCGCUGGUAAAUGUAACAUAAAUAUAUGCAUGGAUGAGCAAACUAAUUUUUCUUUAAAGAAAGUAUAUCAUUCGUUUUGCAUACUAAAUAUUCAGUAUCAGUGACUAGAUUGGCUGGAGAAGGAUAUUUCUAAACAGGAAUUAUUAUCUGAUAUAGUUCAAGUGGGAUUCAUGCAACUGAGAGUGGUGGUGCAUAACAGUUCUCCAUGUGCUUGUUGCAACUUUCAUUUGAAAGCAUUGCACCAAUUCCAUCCUUUUGACUGCAUCAGAACUGUUGUGCAGUUAUAGCAUAAGAAGUAAUUCUGCCAGUUUUCCACGAAACCACAGAUUCUAAGCUUCCAACCAGUGCUUUGAGAUGGUGCUUAAUGGCAUUAGGCUUCUGAAUCUAUUUCUGAAGUCCUUGCUGUGAAGAGCUUGAUUCUUCUCAUAUCAUGCAUUGGGUAGGAUAAUGGUUCUCUGCAUGUGAAGGGUGGCUAGAAAGAGAAGUUCCCUCUGAGCAUGUGCAGAGUGACCUCAAUCACCAGUUUCCAAAGGGAGAAAAAGAGCUUUUGGGUCAGAAGCUUGCAGGUAGAUUUCAAUGCCAUGGUUGACUAGUUCAGGCCAUCUGCAGAAGCCCAAGGACCAGCAGGGCACCCUUAAAGAUAUGACCCACAUUCUUCAACAUUUGCUUCUCCAUCCACAUUCUGCCUCAACUUGUCUUGUAUAACUGCAUUUGACUAUUACGCUGUUCGCCGCUUGAAUAAGCGGCGCAGCGCUCUUGCCUGGCCCCUCGGAGAAGCACGAGGCUUCUUUUGACCUGAUUGGUCAAAGGGCCCGUGCAGGGGGCGGGGCUUCGGCUCCGCGUCUUGCUCCAAGCCAGGGAGCGCUCAGUUCGCUCUCAACAGGCAUCGGAGCAGGACGCCUUUUAGGGCUCCUGCUGUUUCGGCCCGGCGCGAGAUUGGGAGUGGGUUUCCACCUCCGUGGUGGUGGCGAUCAUCGGGGGGUGGCUUUUUAAGGCCCCCCCAUGGUUUGGAGUGGCUUUUCAGCCGGGUUUUUUGGGGCUAUUGCCCCCUGCAUAGCCCGGGUCCCGGCUGGGCGGCAGCAGCGGGUGGAAGCUCCCCCCCGCCAGUAGUGAGCAUUUGCUCUCCCCCCCCCGUUCUGCGGCAUCCCGAUUAGGGGGGUUGCUCUGGGUCGUGGAGGGCUGUAGGUGGGGGCAUUGAUCAGCCUGUUUCAUAGCUUCUGGUACAGGCCUGGUUCCCAGUGGGGUUUUUGUGGGUGCUUGGGUAUUGCCUGGCGGAGGGAUUCUCUCAUUUUGGGCACACAGGGUCUGUUUGGGCGCAUCUUUGGGGAUUGCAUGUUCAUUGCUAGGUUUAAUUAAGCUGGUGCUUCGAUUGCUGUUGCAAUGGGCCCGAAGAAGGCCAAGGCUAAGACUGGGGGGAAGCGGGUUCGCCCCCCCGCGCCCUGCGCCGGUUUCGGAUUCAUCGGAUGAUGAUGGUGAUUUGGGUACCGUGCGGGCCCUUAUAGUACGCUUAGAAGCGCUUGAGAAAGAAAAGCAGGGCCUGGCAGCAGCGGCUGAUAGGGGCAGCUCCUCUGGCCUUCCCUCUGUUUCUCGAAGGGUUACUAGGGGGGUUAAACGUGCCAAGCUAAUCGAGUCUCUAUCAUCCAGGAUUGAUGCCUUGGAAUCUCAACAGCCACACCCUGUUCCGCCUGCAGUAGACCUAACUUUGGAGAGAGAUACUGUCCAGAGCACUCCUGAGUUUGGAGGAAGAGACGCGCGUCCUUCGGAUCAGCAUGGCCCUGGUGAGUCCUUGCACCACACCUGGCCCUGGGGGCUGUCCCCCUGGGCACAGCCGUUUAACAUGUACGGAUGGCAUCCGGCCCCAGUUGCCCCCCACCCCCUUAUGGGGCCUGCACACAGGUGUGGCAGGGGAUGGCACCUACCAUUGGUAGUACAUUCCCCGCAGCCACGGGUACCACAUUGGAUUCUUCAGGGACUCAGGUUCCUUAUCCGCCAUGCAACACCUCCCUGCCGCUGGGUGGCCACCUGUUGCCCUCGGUUAAGGAACGCAUUUGGCGUGGGGAAUUUGUGGAUAUCUUCCACCUGCUCUUUCGGGAGCCUGAACCUGCCCUGAAGGAGUGGGAGCAAAAGAAGGAGGAGACGAAACCUAAGCACAAGCCAGUGGAGCACAACUGGGCCAACUGGUUGUCGGGCUACACAGUAUAUAUGGGGGUCAUGCUACAGGUACACACCUCUAAAGGACCUGCCCUUGUGAAGUACAUGGACAUCAUUCAUAGGGGUUACAUGGACUUUAUGGGCAAUGCCUGGGAGCGCUAUGAUCGCUCCUUUCGACUACGGGCCUCCCUCAACCCGGCUCUCCCCUGGGAUAGGCAACACCAGGAACUCUGGCUCCUCAUUAUGACUCCUUCGAGGCCCAUUAUGGGCGAACGGGCUGACAGUGGUCAUUUGAUAUCUAGAACUCCAGCAGCGCAGUCGUCAGGGCCUGCCACUGUGCAGGGUGUUCAAGGUACCCUGCCAUGCUGGGCCUUCAACACUAGCGGUAGCUGUAGCAGGUCCCCUUGCCGAUUCAAGCAUGAGUGCGGAUUCUGCGGGGGGAAACAUGCCAGUAUUCACUGUCAGCGAGUCAAGGGCCCCCGGGGGGGGGGGGUACAAGAGACCCGCCAAACGGGAGCAAGAAGGGUGGAGGCACCCUACAGGGCGCUAAUACUGGAAAAGGGCCCUAGCCCUGUUAGGCUUCCGGUUUUAGAACACCUUCUGCGUGAUUACCCACUUAGAGCACAAGCACAGUAUCUGAGACAGGGUUUUAUUUUUGGUUUUCACAUUCCCUACCUUGGUUUAUGAGUUCACAGUAUGUCCCCUAACCUUAAGUCCGUUGAGGGGAUGGAAGCGGUGGUGCAUCGCAAAAUUAACAAAGAAAUAGCAUUGGGGCGGGUCCUUGGCCCAUUCCGGGAGCUGCCCAUGCCAGACUUGCGUAUCUCGCCACUGGGGAUCGUGCCCAAGAAGGCACCAGGCGAAUACCGCCUUAUUCACCACCUCUCCUUCCCCCACGGUUCCUUAGUUAAUGAUGGAAUCCCCGACAGCCUGUGCUCUGUAAAAUACACGUCCUUCGACCAGGCAGUCAAAGUUGUCCGUUCGUGUGGGCAAGGUGCUCUCCUGGCAAAAUGCGACAUCGAAUCCGCAUUCCGCCUCCUCCCUGUCCACCCGGCGGACUUUAAUCUCUUAGGCUUCGCCUUCCAGGGGCAUUUUUAUAUUGACAGGGCGCUGCCCAUGGGCUGCUCAGUUUCUUGUGCAGCCUUUGAGGCGUUUAGUUCCAUGCUUGAGUGGGCCCUCCGGCGGGAGGCGCGGCUUGUGUCCAUGGCUCAUUCCUUGAUGAUUUUCUCCUGGUGGGUUGGCCCAGAACCAACCAAUGUAGGCACCUUUUAGAGGUUUUUCAAAAUCUGUGCGUGGACUUGGGUGUCCCGUUGGCACAGGAGAAGACCGAGGGUCCCUCCUCUGUUCUGACCUUCUUGGGCAUCGAGCUGGACACCGUGGCGUGUUGUUCCAGGCUCCCUCAGGCGAAACUGGCCACCUUGCGGUCCUUGUUGGCCUCCUGUAUGCGGGCACGCAAGGUCACCCUCAAACAGCUUCAACAGCUCAUCGGGCAUCUAAAUUUUGCAUGCCGGGUGGUUGUGCCUGGCCGGCCUUUUCUGCACCGCCUUUGUGAUGCUGUUAAAGGUGUCAGGUGCGGUCACCAUAGGGUGAGAGUCACGGCCUCCAUGCGGGCUGAUCUCCGUCUGUGGGCUUCCUUUUUGGACUCUUACAACGGAGCUUCUUUCUGAUGGGAUUUGCUCCUCCUAGAAGCGGAGUUUCAAGUUCAAUCUGACGCCGCCGGCGGGUUAGGCUUUGGCGUCUAUUUCCGUGACCGCUGGUGCGCUGAACGGUGGCUGGAUGCCUGGGUAGCUAGUGGGGUCACCAGGGACUUGACGUUCCUGGAAUUUUUCCCCAUAGUGGUGGCCGUGCAUCUUUGGGCGGACCUCUUUAGGGACAAGACGGUUCGUUUUUGGUGCGACAACCAGGCCACCAUGCAAGUGAUCAAUAGGCAGACCUCCAAGUCCCCUAGGGUGAUGUCCCUGGUCAGAGCGUUUGUCUUGGUCUGCCUGUCUAACAAUAUCCUUUUUCUGGCUUGCCAUGUGCCUGGGGUGCAGAACGGCCUGGUGGACGCGCUGUCUCGUUUUCAGGUUCAGCGCUUUCGCCAGUUGGCUCCAGAGGCGGAGCGUCUGCCCGACCAGAUGCCAACAUGGCUGUGGAGCCUUGGCGCCUAGAAGCGCAGAGGGCGGUUUGGGCCUCUUUGGCCCCCAGCACACGGGCAGCUUACACUAGGCAGUGCAGGGCCUUCCAGGAUUUUAGGACCCAGGUAGGAUUGUGCCAGGACUGGCCUCCCCUCCGCGGAACAGUUAAUGCAGUUUCUAGUUCAUCUCAAGGGUAAGGGCUUGUCCACUGGGGCCAUGGCAGGUUAUUUGGCAGCCUUGGCUUUUCAGUCAAAAUCCCAAGGAAAGGAUUUCCGGGUGAGAAGGAUGCUCGAGGGUUGGACUAGGGAACAACCGGUCGCGGUUGACAGUCAUAGGCCCCUUCUUCCCACCGCCAUACGGGCCGCAGUUGUGCACUUCUCGACGAUUUGCCGGUCCUCUUAUGAGGCCUCACUUUUUCAAGCGGCCACGUUAGUUUUGUUCUUUGGGGCCUUUCGGGCAGGUGAAUUGUUCCCCAGGGGUCAGCACAGCUCUGCUUUCAAGGUGGUGCAGUUUGGGGACGUCAGCAUGGGGUGGGAUGUGGCGCAGCUGCGCCUUCGGUUUUCUAAGACCAACCAACGCGGCAGGGGACAGCUAGUGUCAUUACAUAGGGCUGACGACUCCCUCCUCUGCCUGGUACGGGCUCUGGGCAGUUACAUGGCCCUACGGGGGUCUGCUCCUGGGUGCCUCUUUGUACAUGAGGAUGGGCGCCCCCUUUCCCAGUAUCAGUUCUGGACGGUGGCGCGUCGAGCGCUUGGAGCGGCUGGGGUUGACACUGUGCAGCUGUCUCUCCACUCUUUUCGCAUUGGCGCUGCUUCAACAGCCUCCCGGCUGGGUCUUUCGGGCGAGACCAUCCAGCGCAUUGGGCGUUGGCGGUCUGCCACCUACAACAGGUAUGUGCGCUAGUGUUUGUGACGGCGCUGAUGGUUCUUUCUCUUUGCAGGCCCUGUGCAACGGGCGGCGAGGGCCCGGGUGCUCAUUUUGGGCCAUUCCAUUGUUUUUUGGGCGCAUAAGACGGCUCGAGUGGCGCAGCCAGGAACACAGCUUGGCCUAGGUCAAUGGGCAGACAUCACCUGGAUUGGUCGCAGGGGGAUGGUCAUUGCCCAAUUUUUACCCAUACUACGGGAAUUUCUGGCGGCAAAUCCACCGCCUGACAUCUUGAUUCUUCACCUUGGGGAAAAUUAUUUAGGGUCUAGGUCAGGGUUGUCCAUUUUCCAUAGCUUGCGUACGGACAUUUUGCAAGUCCGUGAGUGGUGCCCUGGCAUUAGCAUUCUUUGGUCCGCCAUGCUCCAACGCAGGGUUUGGAGAGGCGCGAGCAACCCUUACAGGGUGGAAAGGGCCAGACGGAAGGUCAAUGCACAGAUUUUGAGCUUCUUAGUGUCCAUUGGGGGGGGAACUAUAGACCAUCCCACUAUCCUUUUUUCUGUGCCCAGCUUGUUUAGGGGGGAUGGUGUCCACCUUUCGCCCAGCGGGACCGGUUUGUUUUUAAGUGAUCUUGAGCAGGGAUUGGCUGUUUACUUGCGCACUUGGUGGGGUAGCUCGGGUUAAGCUAGGCUAACCCGCGCGGUGGCAGGUGCAGUGCGGUGGGGAAGAUAUUUUCAGGCUGGUGAACACCUUCGGGUAAGCGUUUGGCUAUGGGUUGAGAAGGGCAACUCCCUAGAGACUGUACGGCUCAGGGAUAUCUGCCCUUGUUGACCUACCCUGGCAGGCUAAGGAAUCGCUGAACGGCUACCUUGGGGUGAUGUUUGUCAGGGGCCCGGCACUAGGCCGGCUAGGAUAGGCAGCCCCGGAUUUGGAGUAUUUGGGGUUGCCUGGAGCCAAGGUGUAUCGCCCAUGUCAUAGGUUAGGCAUGCCCUGGUGGUGCAUGCCUGUAGUACCGCACUGCCAAGUGGGAAGCCAUCCCUGCUCUUCAAGUUCUUGUUAAAGUUAAAUAAAU